UUCAAGCCUAACUGCUAUAAAAACUAAAAACAGAGAGAGACUGAAAGCUGUUGAAGAAGAGCUUCGUGUAUGCCUUUCUUCAAUUCCUGCCAGGAUAUCGGCUUUGUGUUCAUCUAAACAGGCCCAGGUUUCACACUGAGAAGCUGCCUUAAUCACGAUGAACCCAGGCUACGCAGGCAGGACCGAGCUCCGGGACAACCUGGAGGCCGCUUCAGAUCCGUCUCCAUGAUUGUGCCCGACCACGCCGUCAUCGCAGAGGUGGACUUGUGAGCUGAGGGCUUCAAGUCCAGUGAGACUCUGGCGAAGAAGAUGAUUCAGCUGUAUAAGCUGUGCAGCAAGCAGCUUUCCCGGCAGGACCACUACGACUUCAGCAUGAGAGUCGUCAACUCUGUUAUUGUCAUGGCCGGGUCUCUGAUGCGAGAGAACCCACACCUGAGUGAGAACGUGGUGUUGAUUAGAGCGCUACGAUACUCCAACCUGCCCAAGUUACUCAAGGAUGACGCAGAACUUAAAAUAAAAUAAAUUGAUAAAUAGUAAAGAACGCCAAAGCUUACAUAUGGAGUAUCAAAGGUCAUUAUCACAGGAUCACUGGAAUCAGGCACUAGGAGGAAAUUCCAGGACAAAUUAGGAAAUACAAUUAACUGACAUUUGCAAAUUCUUUGCAACUAAAAAGCUGUAAUUAUAUACUAUAUAACUUUUUUUUAAAGCAUUUAAAGUAUAUAACAUUAGCACCUUGUAAUGUUAUACCAGAUGAAAAGUAAAGAAUCCUGGAACAUCUGAACAUCCAUAAUCUGAAAAUCUUGAACCUAGUGUCAAUCGAGUCAAUCCAAUCCUUCUUGUGUGCGUUUAGCGGUAUUCUGUCGGACCUCUUUCCUGGCAUGGGCGUCCCCGAGCAUGACUACGGCGCGCUUCAGUCGAACAUCGAGGCAGCUCUAUGCGCCCGCUCCCUGCAGCCCGUCUCCAGCAUGACCGCCAAGGUGAUCCAGCUGUACGAGACCAUGCUAGUGCACCAGGGCGUCUUGCUGGUGGGCCCUACGAGAGGCGGUAAAACCACAGCGUACCGUGCCCUCGCUGACGCACUGCGCACCCUCCACGAGACAGAAGGCUGCGAGGUGAAUCCCUUAUACAAGCCCAUCGAGACCGACGUGCUCAACCCGCAGUCAGUGAGCAUGGACGAGCUGUAUGGUGAAGACGACCCUCUCACACGGGAGUGGAGUACCAUCAAACCGUCUCUCGGCAGUGACAUCGCCGACACGCACAAGUGGGUGGUGAGUGACGUACCUGUGGACGUGCCUGUGGAUUGAGAAAAUUACCUCCGUGUUGGACAACAACAAGACGCUCUGUCUGGCUAACGGUGAAAGGAUCAAGCUCACACCUUCUACACACAUGUUAUUCGAGGUGUUACCCAUCAGACACAGGUAGCAUCGGUCCUAAAAACCAUCACAAACAAGCACAAGCAUGUCAUUUCCAAGAAGAUUUUUUUUUUUACAUUAAACGCGUUCCUGAUGGAAAGGUCACACACAAACGUAUCUUUAAGACUUCACUCUUUCACACGCCUAUAACGAGCGAUAAACGCAUUCGAAGCAUGUUAUAAAGCCUCCGUAAUGCAUUACGCAUAGUAGUUAAAUAAAUAUUAUUAUAAUAAUAUGCACUACACUACAUUAUGCAUUAUGAAUUCUUAACGUAUUGUUAACACGUCUUUACUGUGAGCGGGAUAAUGACCAGACGGAGGCAGGCUCCCAGGUACUCAUAUCCGUAGACGUACUGAUACAGAGCCAUUCUGGCCACGCAGUUAUCCAGAUCCACGUCCCAGUAUUAGCACAGCUGCCUCUGCCACUCAAAGUUACUGCUCGAGUCCACCUACGUGAACACAUACACAAAGACAUGUGAUAUAUAUACGAUCUCAUUGUAUACGAAUUGAGCAUUCUCGCUGACGAUAUAGCGUGGAUAGUUUAUAAUGAGUGCGUUCAUACUGUAUAAACCUGGGAACUGAUUUGCAUAUGCACUGCUGUCAGAGCUGCAGUUAUUUUUAAAAGAUUUAUUAACAGCUUCUGACCAAUCAGAUCUGACCACACCCAUGAUUCCCUUCGCUCUGAAGAGAAGGUGUGUAGCUGUCUGUACCCUUUCAUUGACGAGCUCCAUGACGAUGUCUCUGGCGUGGACAUCCACAGUAAUGAGAGCUGUGAUGAUGCUCUGAUGUAUUUUGGGUAAGUUACCCAAGAGUGGCCAACACAUUCAGCCUCUGUAUAAACACACACACACGCACAGAGUAAUAUCUUGAAAUCUUUUGAUCUUUUAUCUUGAAAUCUAGGGGCUUACCCAAACAAUAAACUCUAAUCACCUAAUUUUUAACCAAUAAAAACUCCUUUUUCCAAUGUUGAAACUUAGGGGCCAACCCUAACCCUGAACUUAAACAUCAGAAACAAAUAAUAUGUUCUCUAAACUGAUCCUCCAACCCCCAAUAGUUAACCUCACCUAAAACGUCUUACAUUUAGACAGAUUUUCUUUAAAGUCUUUAAUUUAUUUAUUCAUUUUCAUAUGGUUCAUUUACAUGUGAUUCAUUUACGUAUGAUUCAUUUUCAUGAGAUUCAUAUUC